AUGGUGCUCCCCCUUGCUCGUUGCCGCGCUUCCCUGCGCUCAGGAGCAUGCGCAAGACCAUUGGCACUCCUUCGCACACAGCAAUGCCUUCCUCGAACCCGAAGCUUCACCCAGAGCUCAAUUGUCGCAUCCCAAGCGGCACGCAACGACAUCCUCAGUGCAUGGGAUAAAUAUAGCAAUUCCGAUAUCCCCCUCGAUCUCGAAAAUAGUGAUAAAUGCGUUGGCUUCUUGAGUAAACGACGAGUAAUCCACAAGCAACUCUCCUUCGCAGACCUUACUACACCAUCCGGCGAAACGGUCCAGAUCUGCUCCGACGCAAAGAAAGACCCCGAUGCGCACGCCCUCUUCACCCAAAUCUCUCCAUACAGCCCUGUCGUCAUCAGCACCAGCGGCAAAGCCGAUGAUCCAUCCUCCGACAAGUCCUCCAAACCCACCGUCUACCUAAAAGACAUCCGAGCUCUAAACACAGUUCCUCAGAACCUCAUCGUCACACCCGAAGUCCAAUUCCCUCCCAAGAAGCGCCACUAUCAAAUCCGAUUCCACCAAGAGUUACAAGAGAGACUCAAGUUCCGAUCAUGGCUGAAGGGGCAAUUGACAAAGGGCUUGCAAGAGAAGGGAUUCACGGAUAUUGAGACACCGACGCUGUUCAAGUCAACGCCCGAAGGUGCGAGGGAAUUCUUGGUUCCUACUCGUCAGCGCGGAAAGGCAUAUGCGCUCAAUCAGAGUCCCCAGCAGUAUAAGCAGACGCUUAUGGCUGGUGGUGUCUCGCGAUAUAUGCAGUGGGCACGAUGCUUCCGUGAUGAGGAUAGUCGUGCUGAUCGGCAACCUGAGUUUACACAACUGGAUAUGGAGUGGUCUUUCGCAGGUGCACCAAAGGUCCGACAAGAUGUGAACGACAUAAUACUGGCUGCUCUCGAGUCGCUACGACCGGCGCAUAGCUACCAAGAGAUCCGCGGAGAGCGCAUACCUGUGCUAUCUGAGAUUCCUGAAGGAACCCGUCCAGCGGAUGAACCUGUCGCACACACAUUUACAACACUCAAGUUCCAAGAUUGCAUAUCGUCAUACGGAAGCGACAAGCCAGACUUGCGCAUCCCCAAUAAGAUCCACGCGCUACCAGAUCUCGAACCAUACAGACAAUUCGUUAGCAUGAUCACACAUCUCGAAGAUCCCUUAAUAGAGGCCUUCACUUUCCCCAUCUCCACAGAAGACCCAAAUGAAGCGCGCAAGCUGGUCACAAAGUUUAUGGACAGCUUACCAAGCGCCCUGGCCGACAACCCAGAUGGAAAGCCUCAAAUUCUCGUAUGCGAUAGAAAAGCACCCCUGCAGGGCUUUUCCUCGCUGGGAUUCGAGGGUCAGGACGUUCUCGAUCUUGUAUCAGAGGGCGAAGACAUAGAGCAAGGUGACCUUGUCGUCUUCCAGGCACGAGAGAAGCCCCAAGGCCAAUACUGCUCUGGUUCCACAAAGAUAGGCGACCUGCGCAUCGCACUAUGGAAGUUCCUCGUCGAAGAAGGUUACAUGGAGAAGCCCCGUCUAGGUGAUCCAGGCUCACUGCAAUUCGUCUGGGUAACAGACUUCCCCAUGUUCAAGCCCACAGAAAAGGGCGAACCAGGUCAAGAAGGCGCCGCAGGCAUUGCAGCGUCGCACCACCCUUUCACCGCUCCUCUCUCCAAAUCCGACCUCGAACUCCUCUUCACCGACCCUCUCCAAGCCAAGAGCGCAGCCUACGAUCUCGUCCUCAACGGCGUAGAAGUCGGUGGCGGCAGCGAACGUAUCCACAUUGCAUCGGUGCAGAAGUUUAUCAUGAGCGACGUUCUCCAGAUGACGGAUAAGAGAAUUGGGGACUUUGCGCACUUGUUUGAGGCGCUGGAAUCUGGAUGUCCGCCGCAUGCUGGGUUUGCGCUGGGCUUUGAUCGGCUUGUGGCGCUGUUGACGGAUACGGCGACUGUAAGGGAUGUUAUGGCGUUCCCCAAGACGAUGAAGGGCGAGGAUCCGUUCGUUAAGUCGCCGAGUCGAUUGACGGAUGAGCAGCUUGAGCCUUACGGAUUGCAGUUGCGUAAGAAGGCGAGUGAAUGA